CCCAGUACAGUACCAAAAGGACGUAUAUAAUUGGUUGUAUUAGAUACGAGUCUGACAGAGCUAGGGUACUCUCGUCACAUUUCGGCACAUUCUGUAUUGAUGGAGGAUACUGGAAUCAGCCGAAGUUAGCCGUAUGGGAGCUAGGGGACCAGAAACCAGAAAAGACUUUCAAAAUGGCUGUCAACAUACCCGGAUUGGUGGCCAUUGCAGUGUUCUACGUGGCAAUCCUCACGUUUGGAAUAUUAAUUGGACGGCGUAAGAACAAAACUGGUACCGCCGAUGAACUGUUCUUAGCAAACCGGAGUUUUGGGUUGGUCGUGGCCUGUUUAACAACUGCAGCUAGUAUGGUUGGAGGGGGAUAUGUUAACGGUACAGCGGAAGUGAUAGGGAGGGAUGGUAUGGCCUGGACAAUAGGACCGAUAGGUUACAACAUUGGUAUGGCGCUAGGUGGAAUUUUCAUCGCACCAAAGGUCCGUGCUGCCCGUUAUACGACUAUACUAGACCCAUUCCAAGUAAAGUAUGGACCUAAGAUGGGCUCAGUUCUCUUUGUCUCAGAAUUCUUUGGAGAUGUGUUUUGGGAGGCAGCCAUUUUUGGAGCGUUAGGCACAACAUUGUCAAUUGUAUUGGAUAUCAACAUCACGGCUUCCGUCGUCAUUUCCGCCUGCGUAGCAGUUGUCUACACGUUCUUCGGUGGCUUAUACUCAGUGGCUUACACGGACAUUGUGCAGCUCUUCCUGAUAGCUGUCGGACUUGUCCUAGCUGUUCCUUUUGCCGUAACGAGCCCCGUUGUUGACAUGUCCAAGGUUACAACUAGCUGGCUUGGACAAGUUCACAGCCAGCACAUUGGACUGUACAUUGAUACUAUCUUCCUAUGUGUCUGUGGGGGUGUGCCCUGGCAGGCAUGGUACCAACGCGUGCUGGCAUGUAAAUCCCCCAAACUUGCUCAAAUUUCCACAGUGGUCGGCGCUUGCAUAGCCCUGGUACUAGCCAUCCCUCCAGGCAUUUUGGGCGUCGCAGGAGCAGCUACAGACUGGAAUGCCACUUCCUACGAAGGCAGUCUACCAUUAACCUUUGGAGAGUGGACAAACAUACUGCCGAUGGUCUUACAAUUCGUGUGUCCCCAAAGUAUUUCCAUUAUUGGGAUCGGCGCCGUGUCUGCCGCUGUCAUGUCCUCUGCCGACUCAUGUGUUCUCGCCAGUGGAACAGUCUUUGCCAGCAACAUAUACAAGAAUAUUUUCAGACCUAAUGCAUCAGAAAGGGAACUGGUGUGGGUGCUGAGAGUCGCAAUCGUGGUUGUAGGAGCGCUUGGUGCCAUUAUAGCUCUGACUGUUGGAACCGUGUACGGACUAUUUAUACUCUGUGGUGAUCUGAUGUUCGUUGUCCAGUUUCCGCAGCUUAUCUGCGUCCUUUGGGUGAGCUUCGCCAACUCCUAUGGAAGCUUGUCUGGAUUCAUCAUCGCCAUGUUCCUGCGAUUUGCUGGAGGGGAGCCCUUCCUGUUCAUCCCUCCCCUCAUCAAGUAUCCAUACUACGACGAAAAGCACGGUCAAAUGUUUCCGUUCAAAACCAUGGCCAUGUGUAUCUCAUUUAUCGUUAUCAUUGGAGUUUCCUACCUUACCGACAGGCUUUUCAAAAGUGGAAAAAUCCCUAUGAAAUACGACAUACUUCAAUGCUUUACGGAAGAAAUGGAACAGAAGGCGGUUGAAACAAAAGAAAAUGGAGAUCAGUUGCAGUGUAAUCCGGAACCAUCGGCUGAAGAUGAACUACUAGAGAAGAAGACAACUUCAUUCAUAUAGCUUAUGAAGGCAACUCUGGUACACACAGGAUAUUGUCCUAUAUAGAAAUGCAAUAUAUGUCUUUAGGAGGAACAACAUGUUUAAAAGAUAUUUAGACUGAGACAAGUACUCUUGAAUGGUAUAUCUGAGUAUAAUUUGAAAAAGACAAUAUAAAAUAUGUGUUUUCUCCCACUGGGGACCCAUACCUGAUAUCAAAUUGUCAGCAUUAUUACUGUCAUGCAACUGGGCAUGCAACUGUGUCAGGAUGUGACUUGGCAACAAUAUAUACAUCUUGAAGUGUCUCCGCUAUUGACAAUCAUUUGAGAGACAUGGAACCUUGUUAAUCAUGAAUGAUUUCCUUUUUAUGUAUCUUACAUGUUUACCAUCAUGACGUCAUCAAUUAGUCAACCAUUUAGAGAUAUUAUAAUUGCAUAGAGGAUAAUCAGUAUAUGUACCACAAUUAAGUGUUACUUUAGGGUAUACUUUUAAUAACUCAUUUUCUAUCUGAAUCAGUCUUUGUUCAUGUGUGCCUAUGUACAUUUGGUUAAUCGCUGGCGUUGUAGACGAAAUUUCCACUACAUGUAUUAAAGCAUGUGAAAUUAAAUGUAUGGUAAUGUUGUAAUUCUUAAAUAAAUGUAUGUUGCUAAUGCAUCUAUACCCUAUAUUUAUAUAUUUGGUUUGUUCAAUAUCAACUUUCCAACAUGGUAUAUUUUCUCGGGAUUUCUACAAUUUGGCCCUUGCAACACCGAGGUGUUCUGAAAAUCAAAACUAUCUGUUCGAUACACAGAUAUAUAUCAAUUAUACAAUCAUUUAAUUUUUAAGAUGUUAUUUGAAUUCAAUCAAUAUCUUAUGCAAUGCAGUCAGCUAAGCUUGGCGUUGAUACACAUGUUCGCAAUAUUAUUUUUCCUCGGUGCACACUCUAUACGGAAUGUAUCACAAUUUGUCAUAUACGAUCGAAUGAUAUUGCAACAAUGACAUUAAACAUUAUCUACAUACAUCAA